AUGGAGAACUCCCAUUUCGGCUGCUCCCCACCGGCAGAUGUGCCUCUGGGCUGGUCGGAGGUGGAUGAUCCCAUUUCUUCGAUACUCGAUCAGUUACCGGAGUUACCAUUUAUCAGCCUGGGCUUUGAAUGUCCAGUGGACCAGCAGAUACAUGCUAACCAGGAUGCGCCUCAUCUAGACUAUAUGGAAGAACCAUUUAACCCUUGUGGGCCAAUGGAUCGGGGUUGGCCUGCAGUGGAGCCGGAUCUGAUGUUAAAUAACAGUUAUCUAGAUGGUACUUUUCGUGAGCCUGGGAGCAAUCGUACCUACCACCAGGAGUGGAGCGAGACUCUUGACGUUCCAGAUACUCAUCACUCCGCCGGUGAGGAAGCUCCUGAAGCUCUAUCGGGAUCGUACAAGAGUACUAGUAGGAACCAUAAUUUUACGCGGGAGAUUACUCGUAUACUGAAAGAUUGGCUCAACCAACAUCAGGAGCAUUCCUAUCCUUCCAAAGAGGAGAGGAAAGAGCUUUUGCUACGGACAGGUCUGACGCCGACGCAGCUACGUAACUGGCUUGCCAAUACCAGACGCCGUGCGAAAGCCCGUUCUACUUCUGCGCGCCAGAAUGAUCCCAUGCAAGCAGGCGCUAUUGAUAUCCCACACCGAUCUCCAUCGCUGAUGACUCCCUUUGAACGCUGGAAGUAUUCACCUCCGGAAAGUGAACCGGCUACCGUCAGUGAUAUUGCUCAAGCUCUCUCCAAUCUCCCUUCCACAUCCCAUACUCAACCAUCCUUUGAUGCAACCAACCCCGGUUCACAGUCUUCAGAUAAUAGAGUUAGCGAUAGUUCCCAUAUUGAACAGUGGGAUGUAUCCCUGGAGCCGUCGGAAAGCAGCCUGGGCUCUAGUAGAUCCUCCACCUCGGAUCUCUCUAUUGUGUCUGCAUUCUCUCAACGUUCGUUGCCGCGCUCAGGUGCUCAGGAUCGAAACAACCGUUACUUUCGACGCCGCCGACGCCACCAUAGCAAAACGCCUAUGCCUGCCAAUUCCUUAGCCCCACGUCGGGCGCGAGGGCCCCGUCAUUUUCAAUGUACGUUUUGUACGCACACAUUCCGAACCAAGUACGACUGGCAACGGCAUGAAAAAUCUAUGCACCUUUCCCUCGAUGAGUGGAAGUGCUCACCUUUUGGUGGACUUGUUCUUUUGGAUGGAAAGCCUGUCUGUACUUUCUGCUUAGUCCCUAACCCGAGCCAGGAGCACCUAAAUUUCCAUGACUACCCCGCCUGCCAGGGGAAGAGCACGCCAGAAAGGACCUUCUACCGAAAAGAUCAUCUCCACCAGCAUCUUCGCAUCGUCCACAACGCCAAGUUUGAAGCACCGAUGGGCGAGUGGAAAAGUAGCCUCAGUGAGGUGAAAUCACGAUGUGGGUUCUGCGACGCCCGAUUUACCACCUGGAAAACGCGGGCGGACCAUCUGACGGCGCACUUCAAGGAGGGUGCCGACAUGCGCCAAUGGCAAGGUGAUUGGGGAUUCGAGCCCGCGGUGCAGAAUCUAGUCGAAAAUGCCAUGCCACCGUAUCUGAUCGGUCAGGAGCGGUUGACGCCAAAUCCAUUCAUUGCCCCGGCUAGUACAGCUCACAAGACCAGCUUAGAGAUUAAUCAAACGGCGCUUCCAGAGCAAGAAGACCUCAAUUGGUGGCGCAUGCUGCGGCAAGAACUCACGGACUAUAUUAAGGGUCAGCUUGAGAGCAAUAUAAUCCCUACAGAUACCAUGUUGCAGAACCGUGCUCGCAUGAUUGUCUAUGGCUGUGAGGAUCCGUGGAAUCAAACGUGUGCAGAUAACCCUGUGUGGCUGAGUAAUAUAAAGCGAGAUGCUGGGCUUGAUCCUGUCUAA